AUGGAUGAGGGAAGCACGCAGCACGAGGCUGCCUCGACUGAAAGCAUGCCGGGCGAGAGCAUACCGACUCAGCAACAGACAACGAAAAGGCCCCGGGGUAGAAAAGCAAAAGAGCUGACGGAAGAUUCUCUUGCCAGUGAAACACAAAAUGGCCAGCCUCUGGAUGAGGGUAAUGUGCCGGAGGAAGAAGAUUCGGCUGCAUCUGGAGGGAGUCGCCAGUUGCGUCAAAAGUCAAAGGCGACGAAUCACAUACAAAAGCAAGUUGGACGCCCCGGCAAGAGAGCUCUUGACCCGCCAGAGAGUGUGGAGGCACCAGGACCAGCCGGUGAGAAGAGAAAACAGAGAAAACAGGCGGAGCCUGAGCCUGAGCCUGAGCCUGAACCAGAUGUUGAAUCAGAAGGUCCAAAGGAGCCCAAACCAAUUGGCGAAAAGAGGAAACGAGGAAGGAGGUCAGAGGAGGAACCGGAGCUGCAGCCCCAGAGUGAGCCCCAUAACGAGCCCGAGGUUCCAAAAGAACCCAAACCAGCUACCGAAAGGAGGAAACGGAGAAAGAGGUCAGAUCAGGAGCAGGAGCCAGAACCGGAGGUGGAGCCCGAGCCUGAAGUUUCAAGAGAUCCUGAACCAGCUACCGAGAGGAGGAAACGAGGAAGAAGGGCCAGAGGGGAGCGAGAGCCGGAACCAGAACCUGAGGGCCAACCCGAAGUCCCCAAAGAGCCAGAACCAGUUACCGAGAAGAGAAAACGGAGAAGAAGGUCAGACCAGGGACCGGAACCAGAGGUAGAACCGGAGACUCAGGCUGAGCCUGACCCCAAGUCUUCAAGGGAGCCAAAACCAGCUGGCGAAAAGAGGAAGCGAGGAAGAAGGUCAAAAGAGGAGCGGGAGCCGGAGCCAGAACCCGAGCGCCAACCCGAAGCCCCUGAAGAGCCAGAGCCAGCUUCAGCUCCCAAACGUGGACGCGGCCGACCGUCACUAUCCAAUACGGGUCCUGAAGUCACACAGCGUGAGGAAGACCCUGCGGCUCAGAAUGAAAAUCAGGAAGAGGCUUCUCGCACUACUAGAAGGAAGCCCAGACAGCCUCGCGGAGAGACGGUUCCCGUAACUGUCCACCGUCUUGCUAAUAUCGCGUCGCUUGGAGGCCAUGUUCAACCUUCUGAACUAUCCGACGAGGAGGAGGAGUCUGCCGAUGAGCUCUCGACGAGACAGAAAACCAAACUCCCUAGUAGGGGAGGCGUAAAUGUCGCUGAUGUUCUGAGUCAAAUCUGCCGAGAAACACUAGAGAAGACGCUUACAACACUCAAAAACGGAAUCUCCAACGAGGGAAAUGCAGCACGGCGCUCAGAAUGGACCACCAAGAAAAAGGCUGUGGAAGCAUUCGGCACCGAGCUGGAAGGACGCCUUUUCGAACUGAGCGAAAUGCUCGACAGUAAUUUCGUAUUGGGGGUCAAACUGAAAAAGGCCAAGCGGGAAAUGAUGGAUAUGCGCAGCCGACUGUAUCAACUACGAAAAGAAAGGGAGGGCGUGGCAUUGCAGAUGGAUGCAGUACGAAGGAAGCACUCGAAGGAGGAAAAUGCAAGCCUGCUUAGAUCUAGCCCUCGAACGAAGCCGAAACCGACCUGCAGACGGCUCAGACGAUUCAGGUUCGUCAGAACCAUCUUUGACGGUUGGACUGGAGUUCAUGCUCCGCAACGUUGCGGACAAUGUGAGCUCCCGCGCCCCUGGAGCCCAAGGGGGUCUCUUGAACCAGAUCAAGGCGUUCAAUGCGCAGCUUGA